AUGCACACACUGAACGGACGCGACAACGGGUAUGUGAAGACAAUCAACUCUGAUUCCAAGUGGUAUCAGAAAUUCAAACUUUGGAACUUAUGAUCAUGUCUGGAAAAAAUGUCCCAUUUCGAGAAGCAUCUUCUUGGACCACCUCCCUUGUAACAAGAGGAAACGAGUCCAAGAUGACUGACUUUCAAGAUGGUUUUCCGGGGGAAGCUCUAAGAAACCGUGGCAAUGAUAACUCGCGCGACCGCGUCACUUUCAAUCUGGCUUUCCAAGCGCCGCCGAAAGCGAAAGUGAGCGAGGGUGAGCAACAUGAUAGUAUUAAGGCAAGAUGAAAGGUCCCAGUCACUAUCAAUGUCACUAAUUUAUAUUAAUUUAACUUCAAUGUAUCCACCACUUACAUAACUUGUUCAAGGGAAUUUUUUUUAUGCAUAGUUAGUCCGUCGUGGUCCUGGUCUCAAGUAGAUCUGGAAGCCAUAAAGAUAAAUAGAACAGCUGCUGGUCAAAGUCAUCCUCUCUCUUGUACACAGAAGCCAUGAAAAUGGAUAGAAUCCCUGCUCAAAGUGGUCAACAUCCACAAUCCCCCAUAUAAACUCAACAUUUGACAAGGACAAGCACGGAUCUUAAUGAUUCAAUGUAGCACUCACGACUCGUCCCUGUAAGUCUAAAAAUGAGGAAAAAGAGCUUGGCCAACGAGAAGACGACGAAGGACCAGACGUAAAAGACGAAGACAAACUGCCACAAGCUGAACAAGGCCGCGUCGAUGUGGAGAAAAGAGAAAAACGAGAGCAACUGGCAAUGACGCGGUCCUUCAUGAUGGCCUACGUGCGCUUGCAGAUCGCUAG